GUUGCGCUCCGUGGCGGCCUGCGUGCAGCCGCGGGUUCCGGAGGAGGGCCCGCCCGGGCGGGGUGGGUGGAGUGUGCGCGGCUGGUAGCCUGGCAGCCGCGGCGAGAGAGAAGAUUCUAAAUAUUAAAUUCUAAAUACAAACUGAUGGUUAGCUGUUGAAUUGUGACACUUCCUUAAAUACCUUCUUCACCAACAUCUUUGAGAAGAAUUGAGAAAAAGUAUCAGAAGAGACAACGUUCACAUUUGCUAUGGCUAUACCAAUAACAGUGCUUGACUGUGAUCUCUUGCUAUAUGGCCGAGGUCACCGGACUUUGGACCGUUUUAAGCUGGAUGAUGUGACUGAUGAAUAUUUGAUGUCCAUGUAUGGGUUUCCCAGACAGUUCAUUUAUUAUUUGGUGGAGCUCCUGGGGGCAAGUCUUUCUAGACCUACUCAGCGAUCGAGGGCUAUUAGCCCUGAGACACAGAUCCUUGCAGCAUUGGGCUUUUAUACCUCAGGUUCCUUCCAGACUCGGAUGGGAGAUGCUAUUGGAAUCAGUCAGGCCUCUAUGAGUCGCUGUGUUGCCAAUGUCACCGAAGCACUUGUGGAAAGGGCCUCACAGUUCAUUCAUUUUCCAGCUGAUGAAGCCUCCAUGCAAGCUCUGAAGGAUGAAUUCUAUGGGUUGGCAGGAAUGCCAGGAGUGAUAGGGGUGAUUGACUGUAUCCACGUGGCGAUCAAGGCACCAAACGCAGAAGACCUCUCCUAUGUGAACCGCAAAGGACUGCAUUCUUUAAACUGCCUGUUGGUGUGUGAUAUCAGAGGAGCACUGAUGACUGUGGAGACAAACUGGCCAGGCAGUCUACAGGACUAUGCUGUGCUGCAGCAGUCUUCUCUAAAUAGUCAGUUUGAAGCUGGGAUGCACAAAGACAGCUGGCUCCUGG